CGGUGACGUCCUGCGCCCUCGCCUCCCCGCGCCGCGCCGCCGGCGUCACGAGUUUCGGCGGGGGGAGGCGGAGCUUUCGGUUGGCAGCAGGAGCGGCGGCGGCCGCCGGCGUCUCACGCCUCACUGGGUCCUUUCCUAUCCUGGCCCGGUCCCCGCGGUGCCAGCGCUCCGGGGGCGCCUUUUUCGCUUCCCUUCUGGGCCCGCUUGGGUGUGCGGUUCCUUCCGCGCCGGCUUCGGUGCCUCUUGUUAAUCCUCCUCGCCGUUCCCCGGCGCGGGCAGGCCCGGGCCCUUUCCCUCCCUCCUUCGGGGGGGUGGGCUUCUCUCCGGAAACCUGGCCUCUCCCUCCGCGCCGCCUGCCCAGCCGGGCCUGCGCCCGCCGCCGCCGGGCAGCGCGGGGGGUCCGUCGCGGCCGCCCGGCCUCUGCUGUGACACAGGAAACAAAAUAAUGCUAAUGAAGCAACCAUUUCCUUGAAGUUUGAGUGUUCAGACUCGCUGCCACUAUGGAUGAGCAGCAAGCUUUGAAUUCAAUCAUGCAGGAUUUGGCUGUGCUUCAUAAGGCCAGUCGUCCUGUAUUGCCCCAGCAAGAAACAGGAAAACCAAAGUCAUCUUCACCUAAAAAACAGAAUGAUGUUAGAGUCAAAUUUGAACAUCGAGGUGAAAAAAGGAUCCUGCAAUUACCAAGGCCUGUUACACUUGAAGAUCUUGCAGCUAAAGCUAAAGUUGCUUUUGGGCAGACUAUGGAUUUGCAUUACAGCAAUAAUGAGCUUGUAAUUCCAUUAACCACACAGGAUGACCUGGACAAAGCUGUUGAACUGCUUGACCGUAGUGUUCAUAUGAAGAGCCUCAAGAUACUGCUUGUAAUACAUGGAAAUACACAAUCACCCGGUGUAAAUAACAUGGAACCCUUGCCCUCACUGGAAGAUUUAGAUAAUGCAGUGUUUGGUGUGACAGACAGAAAAAGGAGACUGUCUGUAAUAGGUUCUAAUACUCGUGAUAGGAGUUCACCUCCCCCGGGAUACAUUCCAGACGAGCUUCAUCAAGUGGCCCGAAAUGGGUCCUUUACCAGUAUCAACAGUGAGGGCGAAUUCAUUCCAGAAAGUAUGGAUCAGAUGCUGGAUCCAUUGUCAUUGAGCAGUCCUGAAAACUCUGGCUCGGGAAGCUGUCCCUCACUCGACAGCCCUUUAGAUGGAGACAACUAUCCCAAAUCUCGGAUGCCAAGAGCACAGAGCUAUCCAGAUAAUCAUCAGGAAUUCUCAGUAGAGUAUGAUAUCCCAAUAUUUGAGAAAUUUGGGAAGGGGGGCACAUAUCCCCGAAGAUACCAUAUUUCAUAUCAUCAACAAGACUACAAUGAUGGUCGUAAAACCUUUCCAAGAGCCAGAAGGACUCAGGGGAACAGCUUCCGGUCUCCAGUCAGUUUCAGUCCCACUGAUCACUCCCUGAGCACCAGUAGCGGAAGCAGUGUCUUCACGCCAGAGUAUGAAGACAACCGAAUGCGGAGAAGGGGGAGUGACAUAGACAACCCUACCUUGUCAGUUAUGGACAUCAGCCCGCCCAGCCGCUCACCACGAGCUCCAACCAACUGGAGACUUGGUAAACUGCUGGGUCAAGGUGCAUUUGGCAGAGUAUAUCUGUGUUACGACGCUGAUACUGGAAGAGAACUGGCUGUUAAACAAGUUCAGUUUGAUCCUGAUAGUCCAGAAACCAGCAAGGAAGUAAAUGCACUUGAAUGUGAGAUUCAGUUGCUGAAAAAUCUGCUGCAUGAAAGAAUUGUUCAGUAUUAUGGCUUUCUGAGAGACCCACCAGAAAGAACACUCUCAAUAUUCAUGGAAUAUAUGCCUGGGGGUUCCAUCAAAGACCAACUGAAAUCGUACGGCGCCCUCACAGAGAACGUGACCCGUAAAUACACGCGGCAGAUUUUGGAAGGGGUUCACUACUUGCACAGUAACAUGAUUGUUCAUCGGGAUAUUAAAGGAGCAAACAUUCUGCGGGACUCAGCAGGCAAUGUGAAGCUUGGUGACUUUGGUGCCAGCAAGCGACUGCAGACUAUCUGUCUCUCUGGUACAGGAAUGAAGUCUGUCACAGGAACGCCAUACUGGAUGAGCCCAGAAGUUAUUAGUGGAGAAGGGUAUGGCAGAAAAGCAGACAUCUGGAGCGUAGGUUGUACAGUGGUAGAAAUGCUCACGGAGAAGCCCCCGUGGGCAGAGUUUGAAGCCAUGGCUGCCAUCUUUAAAAUUGCCACUCAGCCAACCAACCCCCAGCUACCACCUCACGUCUCUGACCAUGCUCGGGAUUUCUUGAAAAGGAUUUUUAUCGAGGCCAAGCUGCGACCGUUUGCAGACGAACUGCUGAGACACACGUUUGCGCACUACCACUAGCGGCCUGCCGCCGCCACGCUUGCGUCUGCUGCGCUUAUUUUCUAGCCAACUGCACUUUUUGGUUUCUUUUUUACCAAAAAAAGGAGAAAAGAAGACAAGAGAGAGAAUACUCUCUUGAAUCUUUGUUUUGCUUAGAUUGUAAACAAUCUAAAUUUUGUAUCUAAAAUGGGAAUCUUCUCUCCCCUACUCCCACCAGGACUAGAACCUUUCGUUUCUAUAAUGUACUGAUGUGGUUCUUGUAGAUAAAGCACUUUAGUACAUAUAUGUUCCUUAUUUAAAGAGGGGGAAAAAAGACAAAUGCUUGGACAGUCAGGAACUGUGUGACUCUUUCUGACACCGCUGACUGACUCAGGGUGCAGGGAAAAACAGAUGUGCAGCUAAAGGACAAGAAGGUUACUUCUCUGUGAUUCUUCUUUAUGUUGUAGGUACUUGUGGCAGAGAGUUCUAAGUUCUUACUGUAUUUCAGCAUUUUAAUAAGUUUCUGAAUUUUACAGUUGAAGCUGGAAGGUGUAGUUCUGAGAGUUGAUGAUGGAGUGAGAAGAGCUUGGAACUCUUUGUAGAGCGGCAUUGUCUAACUGGCAGUGCUGGCUCAUGUGUACUGCAACACCACUUAUGUGUUGCGAUACUCCAUCGCUGAGUAAUCAAAUUUGCUGCUUUUGUGCCUUUGCUAAGAAACGGCAUUCGGUCAUGGCAAUGGUAAGGUUCUGUGGAGCCAGUAAGCAAGUCUGCACAGUGCAUUCUCCUUAGUUGCCUUCCUUAAUUUCUGCAGAAAAGGUGCCACUGUAAAGACAGUACUUAAAUGAAGAUGACAUUUGCCAGUUCUGGUGAUUCUAGUAAAAUGUCCUUAAUUUAACUAAGAUUAAGCUUGAACUGUAUUCUUUUGUUCUCAGCCUUUGGAGGCUGUCUACUGAUUCAAACAACUUAGAAUAGAUUAGAUGGUUUUGAGCUAGAAAUAAACUUCCUUGGAAGAGGUUGCAGAGCUGACAGUUUAUCAUAUCUAACUAACAAAAAUAUCAGCAUAUUCAAACUGUUAAUUAUUCUUAACUGUUAAAUCCAGUUACUGGGGAAAGGACAAUGAAAACAGCACUCACAGGGUGUUUUUGCCUUGCUGUAAGUGCUACAAUGAAGCUAUGCUCUCAAAAAAUAAGGAUGGAGGUUCACAGUGAGUGUGCAGAUUUUCAAAGGACUGACUUACCUCCUAAUGAAUUGCAUUACUCUCUGCACACAGAAACUGAAAAAACCCAAGCUGCUUCUGCAGUAUGCUUUUUAUGGUGUAACUCGUAGUUAGAACUGUAGGUUUCAGUCAUGCUGGGCCAAGUUGUUUAUUUUUAAUUAGGGUGAUAAAAAUGUCCAUGAAAGUACUUAAAGAUAUGAACCUACCAAGUGCAGAGUUAAAUCUAUGUGGACUUUUCUUGACAGUUUAAAUGUAGUCUUAAAAUUUUAACUUGAUUUGCAGUUCAAAUCCUAGCUAACAAGUCCUUCCAGUGUAACAAAAUGAAAAGGUUUUGUUAGGGGUUUAGUUGUUUGGGUUUUUGGUUUUAUUUUAGCUAGUGCCUUUUUAUCUGUAUGCCUUAAUUUUGGUCAUAUUUGAACACCACAUUCAAAUAUGUCAGACAAUUCAGUGUCACCAAAGCAGUCUUCAAGUGUGUUUUUUUUUUCAAAGUGGCCAAAUCAGAAUUCACCUGACUGCACUGAAAGUAAACCUAGUUGUCAUCUGUUGCAGAGACUUAAAGUGAGAGCACUUCCCAAAGGCUUCCCGUGCCGAUACAGGUUUUGGAUUUGUAUUCUGGAGACUGUACUCUGAUGCACAUACCAGAAAAAGGACUUCCUGCACUCACAGAAAUACCAUUAGUCAAGAUUUAGCUCCCUAGCCCUGGGUACUAUACUUUGGGUGUAUCGCAUGGAUCGCAGCAGAGUUCUUAAUGGACUUGAAACUAUAGAUGGUACCUUUGUAACUGUAGUACUGUGUUAGAAGCUGUUUCCUUUUAGUGCACAGGAAUGCAAUGUGCCUAAGCAAAUCCACAGAUUUCUUAGUGAAGGUAGCAUCAUGCUUAUGAAAUUCUUUCCCGUGUCUUUGGGAAAAUCCUAAUCCUGCCAUUGUCUUGACUGAAAGCCUCGUAGCGCCUGUAGGUAUAGCAUGGUACACCAAGCCAUUACUUUUGGACAACGUAGAGCAAUGUCUAACUGCAGCUUCAGAGAGUUGAGAACACUGAUCAGAUUUUACAGUUAUUUAUAACCAAUUUCUUACUUCAUUAAUCUUGGAAGUCUUUGUCAUGCAUAUAGGAAGGCAUAAUUUGUUGUUCUUGAAUGUAAAUCCCUACGGUGUUUCUGGAAGAGCAAAAGUAUGAUGCCACUAUAACCUCUUCUUGCUGGUAACUUGCUGUCUUGUGGUAAUGACAAGUCUCCAGUGUACAAUCACAUACAAUUACCAAAGCUUUUCUAUCCUCAUAGACAAAUAGCCAAAAGUGAUGCUUCAUGGGUUAGGACUGUUACUUAUAGAUACAUAGAUAUCCAUCAGUGAGCUUUGGCUGAGUAAAGCAGGUACUAGUAAGAAGUGAUAGACAAUGCCUGUAUUUAAAAGGUUUGGGUGCUAAUAGUUGCUGUUUCAAUGUGCAGAAUUGAUGGCAGCAUUAAAAUGAUGAGUUUACUUUUAAAAAUGCUUCUGAACUUAAUCUUACUGUUGCCAUUUUAAAACUAAUCCGUAAGCUUGGUGAUUAGACAUGGUGACUUUUACAGCUAGGUUUGAUCCCUGGGACAUUUAAGGAAUGCCAUGAACAUAAGUAGGUUUGUGACCUGAAUUGCUCAGCGCACCACAGCAGAAACAUUUCAAAGCUGAUGGGAAGCAGUCUGCUUGGUGUGACAACCAAACCUCACCUCACCCACAGUUACAGGGAUGUUGAUGCUGCCUUCAGGGGGAACCACAAAUGCAUACCAAAGAAGGCAGGCAGAAUUGCUACCAACCUGGAGUUUCUGAAUCAAAAUCCUCAAUCAGAAACAGGACUUCUUUUCUCUUUUUAUUUCCCCUACUUGACCUGCAGUUUACUUUUCUUUCUACUAGGUGUAACUUAAGUACUGUGUAGGUGGUGGCCAUGGAUAGCUCCCGAAUAAGGUCCAAGUUCAUGUACAGCUUUAUACCAGCGCCCUCCCAAUUGGACCCAGGACACUGCAGCUUCCUGGAGCAAUCCUUGGGGCUUCUCUUAUUUGAAGGCUCAAUGGGAUGGAGGAGUUAAACUUCUCACAUUUCAAAGCAGCAGUGGUAGCAGUCAUGUAUUGGCUGCUUUGCAUUGAUUACUUUAAAGGGGGAGGAGUUGGAUUAAAAUACAUGAAAAUUCUGUCUCGUGGGUCUCAGCCCUUAUGUUGAGGUCACUGGCGAGGCUCGAAGGUUAGGCUCUAUUGUCUCUUGACAGGAAAGGGAUGCUCUAAAGCCAGAGUGGGCGGAUAUUCCUGGGAAAUACUUUAGAGGUUACUUGUGUCUUCUGCCCCGAGGCUAGAUGAUCCUUUUCCCCAGAAGCUAUGUAACGUGGAUUUAAAAACAAGGAUUGCAUUUCACUUUCUGAGCAUUAGAAUGUCAGUUCCCUAGUGUGUGUUUCUCGUUAACACCAGUAAGAAAAGACAGUGCCAUCCUAAAAUUGGAAUGGUUUACUGCAGUAUAGUGUCUGUCAUCUCAGACCUCGUAGGAGUCAUACAAUGGAGUAUCACUGUAAAUAGGUGGAGGAGACUUAGAUGAGUUGAAACGUAGGCUUUUAGUUUUCCUGAAGCUAUGAAUAAAGAUUUGUAAAUUUACUCUUGAUCUAAUGUACAUUUUUAUGUAGCCAUUAAAUUCUCUAUUUAAUCUAUCAGUUUCUCACUGUAAAUGUUUCUACUCUCAGUUGGAUGCUGGGCACUGUUUGUAAUGUAUGUACACAAAGGUGUUUUUUUCUAUCAGCGUUGACUUUUUUGCACAUUUUUGGAAGUAUUUAAUUUGUACACUGAUUUAAUACUCUGACCAGUUGUCGACGGGCGUAUGAGAAUCAGGCGUGUGUGCAAUGUACUACUGUCCGGAUGGGUGGGGGCUCAGGCCUUGGGAGGUGUUGCUACCAGUGACUGCGCUGCUGUUGCUGCUUUACGUGGAGUAUCUGGUGUAUGAAACAAACAAACGAGCGCAGAUAAACCAUUACAUCAGCUUACGGUUAUCCUGGCCGAGGAACUCGGGCGUUGGGCAUUGCUCGCUCGUUCCGUUGUCCAACACCUUGCAGGCUGAGAGGCAAACCGGCGGCCCCCUUGUGACUCUGUGUACGCAGUGACUGUGUGUGUGUAUAUAUCCCAGUAACCUUAUUCCACAGUUUCGUUUCUACAUUUUUAUGAACUUGUUUUUUAAGGGUACUAUGUUUAGUUAGAAUAAUUAAAUCUAUAAAAGCUUUGAGAGAUGAUUUACUAGAUAAAUAUAUUUUCAGCUGGCUGACGUUCAAACUAUUUUUUUAAUUUUCGUUUUUAACCAUUCGAAAUGUAUUUGUAUUUCCAAGAUCAGACACGAACUGUACUUAGAACUCUAUUAAAACACUCUGUAGGGACAA